AUGGAUAACCUGACAUUUCUAAUAUCGCUAAUCAGCGGAGGAUGCGCUGGUACUUCGACUGAUUUAGCAUUUUUUCCUAUCGAUACUUUGAAGACAAGAUUGCAAGCAAAAGGAGGAUUCUUUGCUAACGGUGGAUGGAAUGGCAUAUAUAAAGGGCUAGGAUCGUGUGUGGUGGCAUCUGCGCCUUCGGCAUCUUUAUUCUUCGUUACUUACGACUAUAUGAAAACCCAAACUAAAGACAAGACAUCACUGCCUGCUGUGGGACAUAUGAUAUCUGCAUCUUGUGGUGAAAUUGCCGCAUGUCUUGUGAGGGUACCUGCGGAAGUCAUCAAGCAGAGAACUCAAGCAGGUAUACAUGGAGUUGGAGCCAAAGCAUCUUCGUGGUCCAACUUCUUAUAUUUACUUCAAAACAGAUCCGGAGAAGGUUUGAUUAGAGGCUUAUAUAGAGGAUGGAAUACAACUAUAUUAAGAGAAAUCCCCUUUACGAUUAUCCAAUUUCCCUUGUAUGAAUGGUUAAAGAAAAAAUGGGCCGAAUAUGAAAACGAUAAACUAUCUUUAUUGAAAGGUGCAACGUGUGGUUCUAUUGCAGGUGGUAUAGCUGCAGCUGUGACCACCCCUUUGGAUGUUAUCAAGACUAGAAUUAUGUUAAACAAGGAAAGAGUGAGUCCUAUACCGUUGGUUAGAACUAUGAUCACGGAAGAAGGUUAUAAGGUGUUUUUAAACGGCAUUGGUCCCAGAACUUGUUGGAUAAGUGCAGGAGGUGCUAUAUUCUUAGGGUGCUACGAGCUAGUGCAUACAACUUUAACCUCCUACUAUUCGAAUAAACGUAAACUACAGCAGUGA